AUUUUCUCCACUAUCUCACUAUACAUAUAUUUAUAUAUACAUAUAUGUAUAAUAUAUAAUAGUCAAAAUCUAUAAUAAAGAUGGAGGAUAAAAGUCGAGUUGUGGAUCGUGAAAUUAAAAAAGAAGACAAUCAUGAUAAAAACGCUAAAAGUAAAAGUUCGAAAAAACGUGACCGGAAGAAAAAAAAUCAGACGGUCAAUUCAAAUGAUAACAAUCAAUUGAUAAGUCCGACAAUGACAAGUUCGGAGACCACGACGACGACAAAUGCGUCGGGUGAGGUACCUGGUGCUUGUUUUUCAAUAAAAGAAAUACAGUUGGCCAUGGAGGUCUUUAAGAUGCAGCACAAACCGGCUAAAACGCAAGAAGAGGCUAUGCAGAAAACUUAUCAGUUCUGGAGUACACAGCCGGUACCUAAAAUGGAUGAAAAAAUAUCAAUAAACGAACCGAUUGAACCGAACAAAACAUCAAUAAGGCCAGAGCCUUAUUCAUUGCCAGCUGAUUUUCAAUGGGAUACUUUAAAUCUUGACGACCCACUUGUUCUUGCUGAACUCUAUACUCUACUAUCAGAAAACUAUGUCGAGGAUGAUGACGCCAUGUUCCGAUUUGAUUAUCCUCAAACCUUUUUAAAAUGGGCAUUGCAACCACCUGGCUGGUGUAAAGAAUGGCACUGUGGUGUCCGUGUAUCUAAAAGUGGACGUUUGGUUGGUUUUAUAUCAGCAAUACCAGCAACAUUACGAGUUUAUGAUCAUACACAAAAAAUGGUGGAAAUAAAUUUUUUGUGUGUGCACAAAAAAUUACGAUCAAAGCGGGUCGCGCCAGUGCUGAUUCGUGAAAUAACAAGGCGAGUUAAUUUACAGGGUAUAUUUCAAGCCGUUUAUACGGCUGGUGUCGUACUGCCAAAACCAAUCGCGACUUGUCGUUACUGGCAUCGCUCAUUGAACCCAAAGAAGCUGAUUGAGAUUAAAUUUUCUCACUUGUCGCGUAAUAUGACAAUGCAAAGAACUCUUAAAUUUUAUAAACUACCCGAACACCCGCGAACUCCAGGAUACAGAAAAUUGGAAGAACGUGACGUCAAUCGAGCCCAUAAGUUACUCAACGAGUACCUCGAGAAAUUUGACUUGGCGCCAGUUUUUACAAAAGACGAAUUUCGACACUGGUUUUUACCGCAGGACGGUAUAAUAAACACUUUCAUUGUUGAAAAUGAUGGUAAAAUAACAGACUUAGUGAGUUAUUAUACAUUACCAAGCUCAGUAAUGCAUCACCAAGUGCACAAAACAUUGCGUGCUGCCUAUAGUUUUUACAAUGUUUCUACUAAAACCCCAUGGGUUGAACUCAUGACUGACGCAUUAAUUUCAGCCAGAAACCUGGACUUUGAUGUGUUCAAUGCGUUAGAUCUAAUGGAUAAUAAAGAAUUUUUAGAAAAUCUUAAAUUCGGUAUUGGCGACGGCAAUCUUCAGUACUACCUCUACAAUUGGCGCUGUCCUAGUAUGACACCCAACAAAAUUGGAUUAGUCUUGCAGUAGACUAAUUGACACCAGAAAUAAAAUAAAUUCACACAAAAAAAUAAUUAAAAAUAAAUUUUCUUUUUCAAACUCACAAGUCCCGACUCACGUGUUUAUUUUAUUUUUAAUUUAAUAAAAGAAAAUAAAAAUAAAUUAAUUAAAAUUUUUAAAGUUAAUAAAACUGUUGCUUCAUUAGACAGUAAUGGAAAUUUAUUCCAGUGAAAAUAAAUAUUUUUUUUGUUGCUCAUUUCAUUUUACUUUCUAGGGUUUAGACCUAUGGGAUUUUUUUUUUUU